UGUUCAAGUCGUGCCAACUGAUAAGCCAUGCAUGUAUGAUUCGUCACUCGUGCAUAACUCAUUGUUCUCCCUUUCAAGAGAGCUAUAAAGCCCCAGCUCGCGACCUAGCACUUUUCAGCAUGCUGUGUCGAUCACCGCUAUACAACCAAGCGCCAUGUCGGUCCAGGCAGCCUGGGAGAGCUGCUCCAAGAUUGAUACUCUUUUCAUCCUUGUCUGUUCCGUCUUUUGCUGGCUUAUCAUUCCUGCUGUCGGUCUUGCCUACUCGGGCUAUUCGACACGCUUCAACAGCCUCGCAUCAUUUUACCCUGGUUUGUUGGCGGUCGCUGUCUGUACCAUUCAAUGGUGGAUGAUUGGGUACUCUCUCGCCUACAGCGAGGGAAACAGCAUCAUUGGCGAUCUCAGCAAGGCCUUUCACAUUGGAGUCCUUGCUAAUCCCGUUGGUUCCAUCCCCGAGAUUUUGUUCUCGGAGUUCCAGCUCAUCUUCUGCGCCACUGUGUGUGCAAUCGCGAUCGGUGGUGCCUGCGAGCGUGGGCGUCUACUUCCCUUAAUCCCCUUCAUCUUCCUAUGGUGCACCUUCAUUUAUGCACCCCUUGCCCAUAUGGUUUGGUCCGAAACAGGGUUCCUCGCCAACCUUGGCGCCCUCGACUUCGCUGGGGGCACGCCAGUCCAUAUCUGUAGCGGAGCCACAGCCACCGCUCUGAGUGUGUAUCUAUCCUAUCCUCUGUUCCGCUCACGACGCUCCUCGUUUCGCACCCCAAACCAUCUCGCUCUUCACCGCCCACACAAUACUCUUUGCCAGCUUCUCGCUCUCAUUAUCAUCUGGAACGCCUGGCUUGCCUUCGACGCGGGCACCACCCUCGCUCUCAAUUUCAAGAGCGUCAUGGCCGCCUGUGUGACCAACCUAUGCGCUGCCUCGGGGGCCAUCACGUGGGCUAGUCUGACGUACUACCAUACUGGCAAAUGGAGUCUGGACAGCACCUUUCUCGGGGCGAUCGCGGGACUCGUCCUCAUCACCCCAAGCGCCGGUUUUAUCGACAUGCCGACCGCAAUGGGAUUUGGUGUUCUCGGCGCAGUCUGUGGCUACCAAGCUUUGCGCAUCAAGUUUACGAAACGCGCGAAACACUACCGCUGGGUUGAUAAUGGCGAUACUUUCGCCACGCACUGUCUUGGUGGGUUUCUGGGCACCAUAGUCACGGGCCUCUUUGCGCAAAAGAAGGUGGCUGCGUAUGACGGUGUCACGGAGAUCACGGGUGGGUGUCUGUUUGACGGGAAUUGGAGACAACUUGGUAUCCAAGUCGUGGAGGCGCUUAUCGGCUUUGUCUGGAGUUUUGGAGGCAGUUACCUGCUUUAUGCAUUGAUUGAUUGUGUGCCUGGGUUGGAAGUUUUGGCUACAGAUGAUGAGGUGAUUUCUGGCCUGGACAAGUCUCAGAUGGACGAGUCGUUGCAUGAAGCUCAGUGGGCUGGAGAGGAGGAAUACCAUCCAUUCCAAGGCUCAGUCCAGAUAUAGAGGGACAUACCGGUGGCUUAUGCAUGGAUUGGCUCUUUGCUGGUACUGCUUCGCUGUUGUUGAAGGCUUGAAGCUGUGCUAAGAAGUGAAAAGAGCGGUCUCUAUGGUUACUCAGUUGACAACAACCAACACUCCAGCAUUCGACACGUUCCAUAC